UUAGAAUAAAAAGUUAUUACUAAUUUGCAGUUUGAUAAUAUUUGUAGGAAAAAAGAAAAGAAAAGAAAAGAUGUGUGUGUGAAUAUAUACAUAAUUAGGGGUAAAAGAGAGGAGGUUUUCGGUGGGUUGUUGAGACCUGCGGAGCGAAAUCGAGGCUUUGUCUUCUCUUCUGAGUUUACAGACACACUCUCUUUCUCUCUCUACAUAUAUACGUACAAACAACAUGUAUGUAUAGGCGAUCCCUUCCGUUUCCUCAAUUUUCAUUUUUGAUCUGUAAGUCAAAGAUUUUCUGCAUCAAUUCUGUAAUUUUUUUAGGUCCUAUGUGUUGAAUUGAUUCACAAUUUUGCAGAAUUUUCGUGUUUUUGUUAUCUUCGUGUUCCGCGUUUCGCUUAUUGGUGGAGUUGUAAAACCCUGGAUCUUGUUCAAUUUGGAUGGGUUCGGGUUGUUUUUUGUGGAAUUAGGCAGGUUUUGUCCUUGGAUCUGUGUGUUUAUUAGCUAGCUCGGAUCAAUUAGGGUUUUGAAUUUUGUGACCGUGAAAUUUGGGGGUGAGUUUUGUGGAAUCUAAAGUUAGGUUUGAUUGGAUGGCUUCGAAUCCUCCAUUUACGGUGGAGGAUAAUACAGACGAGGAUUUUUUUGAUAAAUUAGUGAAUGAUGACGACGAUGUGGACUUUAAAGUCACCACAUCGACGGAAUCUGGAGCCCAUCAUGUCUUGACGGAUGGGAAUGAAUCCGAUGAGGCUAAGGCUUUUGCCAAUUUGAGUAUCAAUGAGCUUGACGAUCAGGAUGAGGUUAAUGUUGAACACGUCUCCAGUAGUGAUCGUAGCACAAUUGAUGAUAUAAUUGCAAAAGUGGAGACAGUGGAACAGAUUAACAAAGUGGAAACAGGGGACAAACGUGGAAUUCCUUUAGUAUCGGCUGAUUCAUUUGAAUUUGGUAACUUGAUGCAAAAACUGGGAAAUGAAAAUGGUGGUGCUGAUGUUUCGCACAAUGCUGACAAUGGUAAGACUACAGACGUGGGUGUCUCUGACGUGCCAACGUUGAGCAAGACUACUAGCGGAUUAGGGGCUGCUGGAGUUAAGGAAGUUGCCUGGAGUGCCUUUAAUGCGGAUUCGGUUCAAAAUGAUAGUAAUGGCUUUGGAUCAUACUCAGACUUUUUCACCGAAUUUGGAGGGGCCAAUGCGGGUGAUGCAUUUAGCAACACUGUAGGGGUCACUUCAAAGAAUGGGCCACAAGAUGCUAUUGGAAAUGAUGUACAUGGAUCCAGCUAUGUGGAUAAUACAGGUGGGCAGUACAAUAAUGAACAUAAUGAUGGUAUUGCAGCAAAUCAGAGUUCAACUAUGCAGGAUUUGAGUAGCACCCAGUACUGGGAAAACCAAUAUCCAGGCUGGAAGUAUGACCACAGUACUGGACAAUGGUAUCAGGUUGAUGGCUAUGAUGUGGGUUCUAGUGUGCAAGCAAAUGCUGACUCUAAUGUAACUUCUACUUGGGGAGGCGGUGGUGGGCAGGUUGAUCUCUCUUACAUGCAGCAAACUUCCCAUUCUGUAUCUGGGGCUGUAGCUGAGGCGGGUAUUACAGAGACUGUUUCUAAUUGGAAUCAGACCUCUCUGGCGAGUGAUGCUACAGAAGCAACGAAUUGGAAUCAGGUGUCAGAAGUGAGUGGUGAUAACAGUGUGGUUUCAUCAGACUGGAAUCAAGCUUCUAAUGAUAAUAACGGUUACCCAGCUCAUAUGGUGUUUGAUCCUCAGUACCCUGGAUGGUACUAUGAUACUAUUGCCCAAGAAUGGCGAGCUUUGGAAUCAUAUGCCCCAUCAGCGCAGUCUACUGCUCAAGUUCACGAUCAGAUGAAUAAGGAUGAUUAUUCAUCUACUGAUAUGUUUUCUCACAACAACAAUCUGAAGGCAAGCAGUUUGCACGAUCAAGGUAAUAAUUACAAUCCUCAAGGCUUUGGCAGCCAAAGCCCGGAUCAGAAUUGGGUGGGAUCAGUCAACAAUUACAACCAACAGAACUCAAGAGUGUGGUUACCUGACAAUGCUGGUAAUACUGGUGAAGCUGCUUUACCAUACACAGAAACUCAAGUUACAGAAAACAACUAUGCACAGAAUGUUCCUACCAGUCUGCAUGGAAGUCAACAAAGUAAUGUCCAUUAUGGGGUAAAAGGUCCAUAUUAUGAGAAUCUAAGCCAGCAUCAGAACGACUAUUCCAUGCCUUCCCAGUUUGUUGGUGGAAACUUCAGUCAACAACAGUUCAAUGACUCCAAAGUCAAUCAGAACGACCCAAAAUACUUUUCGAAUGACUACUAUAGCAAUCAAAAUUCUGUGAACUUCUCACAGCAGCAGAUUCAGAAAACUCAAAUGACAUACAAUCCAGCGUCAGGAAGGUCAUCUGCUGGUCGUCCUGCUCAUGCUUUAGUUGCCUUUGGUUUUGGCGGCAAGCUCAUUGUGAUGAAACAUAAUAACUCUAGUGAAAGUAUGAACUUUGGAAGUCAGAAUCCCGUGGGAGGCUCAAUAUCUGUACUCAACUUAUCAGAAGUUGUGACUGGCAGCAUUGAUAAUGUAAACCAUGUAAGGGGUGUUAGCACUUAUUUCCAGGCUCUCUGCCGGCAUUCUCUUCCAGGUCCUCUUACUGGUGGAAGUGUGGCCACAAAAGAGUUGAAUAAAUGGAUUGAGGAAAGGUUAACAAAUUCCGAGUCUACAGAUAUGGAUUACAGAAAGGCUCAAGUGUUGAGGCUACUCCUGUCACUGUUAAAAAUAGCUUGUCAGUUUUAUGGAAAACUUCGAUCUCCUUAUGGCACAGAUGCUGUGAUGAAGGAAAGUGAUGCUCCAGAAUCUGCAGUUGCCAAACUGUUUGCCUCUGCUAAAACAAAUGGUAUGCAGUUUAAUCAGUAUGGCAAUGUUACCCAAUGUUUGCAGCAACUUCCAUCUGAAGGACAAUUGCAGGCCACUGCUGCUGAGGUUCAAAAUCUUCUGGUUUCCGGAAGAAAGAAGGAGGCUUUACAAUGUGCACAGGAGGGACAGUUGUGGGGUCCUGCCCUUGUUCUUGCUGCACAACUUGGCGAUCAAUUCUAUGUUGAAACUGUCAAGCAAAUGGCACUUCGCCAAUUAGUGGCUGGAUCACCCUUGCGAACAUUGUGCCUGCUCAUUGCUGGCCAACCAGCAGAUGUGUUUUCUGCAGAUAUUACAGCUGCUAACAACAUGGCUGGUGCUGUAAAUGUGCCUCAGCAACCUGCACAGUUUGGAGCCAAUUGCAUGCUGGAUGACUGGGAAGAAAAUUUGGCUGUGAUAACUGCAAAUAGAACAAAGGAUGAUGAACUUGUUCUUAUCCAUCUUGGUGAUUGCUUGUGGAAGGAAAGAAGUGAUAUAAUUGCUGCUCAUAUAUGCUAUUUGGUUGCGGAAGCUAGCUUUGAGCCAUAUUCAGACAGUGCAAGAUUGUGUCUUAUCGGUGCAGAUCACUGGAAAUCGCCGCGGACUUAUGCAGGUCCAGAAGCAAUUCAGAGGACGGAGAUAUAUGAGUAUUCAAAGACACUUGGGAACUCUCAGUUUGUCCUACUUCCAUUUCAACCUUAUAAGUAUGUAUAUGCACUCAUGUUGGCUGAAGUUGGGAGGACAUCCGAGGCAUUAAAGUACUGUCAAGCAGUACUAAAAUCGCUUAAAACUGGUCGAACUCUGGAGCUGGAGAAUCUGAGGAAUUUAGUUUCAUCCCUUGAGGAAAGGAUUAAAGCUCAUCAACAGGGAGGAUUCUCUGUAAACUUAGCUCCCAAGGAAUUUAUUGGUAAAUUGCUAAACCUUUUUGAUAGUACUGCACAUCGUGUUGUUGGGGGCCUGCCACCACCUAUACCAACAGCAGGGGGUGCUGUUCACGGUAAUGAGAGUCAUUACCAGUCCACUGGACCUAGAGUAUCAAGUAGUCAAUCAACGAUGGCUAUGUCGUCAUUAGUUCCUCAAUCCAUGGAGCCUAUAAAUGAAUGGGCAGCUGAUAACAAAAAGAUUAUGCACACAAGAAGUGUUUCAGAACCUGACUUUGGAAGGAGUCCAAUGCAGAGUCAGGCUGAUCCAUCAAAAGAAGCAAGUCCUACUGGCACACAGGACAAAGCAUCAGUGGCAGGUGGUACGUCUCGCUUAGGUCGUUUUAGUUUUGGAUCUCAGCUGUUUCAGAAGACUGUUGGUUUAGUACUCAAACCUCGUCAAGGCCGCCAGGCGAAAUUGGGUGAAACAAAUAAGUUCCGUUACGAUGACAAACUCAAGAGAUGGGUGGAGGAAGGUGCUGAACCUCCAGCACCUGAAGCAGUUCUUCCACCACCACCAAAGGCUGCAGUUUUUCAGAAUGGAGCAUCAGAAAUGAGUUCAUUGCAAAAUGAACCUCCUCAUAACAAUGGGAAUCUAGAAUUUAAAAGCCCAAGCACUAUGGAUAACAGUUCAGGAAUGCCACCACUUCCUCCGACAGCCAAUCAGUACUCAGCACGUGGAAGGAUUGGUGUUCGCGCUAGGUAUGUUGACACUUUCAACAGAGGUGGUGGGAACACAGUAAGUGGGUUCCAGUCGCCUUCUGUACCUUCUGCUAAACCAGCGGGUGGCGUAAACCCAAAAUUCUUUGUUCCGACACCAGUAUCCCCUGCUGAGCAGCCAGUUGUUGAUACCCAUGUAGAAGAAAAGCAAAAUGCUUCCACUACUUAUGAAAACCCUUCUUCCUCUCCUCCAAAUGACUCGUUCCAUUCGCCUCCUCCCUCAUCUUCCAUGGCGGCCAUGCAAAGAUUUGGUAGCAUGAGUAACAUAUACAACAAGGGGGGGAGUGAUAAUUCCUUUGCCUCACAUUCACGGCGCACUGCUUCAUGGGGUGGAAGCUUAAAUGAUUCAAUGAGCCCUCCAAAUAAGACACAGCCUGUGGGAGAGGCAACGGGUAUGCGCCCUUCAAUGUUCAUGCCAAGUGACACAUCGUUAGCAGAUUCCUCGGUGAAUGGUGGCAGCUUCGGAGAAGAUCUACAAGAAGUCGAACUCUGAUAUCCUCGAGAUGUACAUAACAAAUUUUGCCAUACAGCCACAGAGCCUGCUCAAUUCACAGAUUGUCUGCAGCAAGUGAUGGAGAUCGACAAUUUUCUCUUUUUUCUUUUCUUUUUUUAUAGCCUCUUUUAUUUUCCUGGCCCCCGAUUCUCCAAUUAUAUGUUUAUGUUUUUACAAUUGUAUUUUAAAUGUUAGUUUGUUAUGUAGUAGCCUACUAUACUUUAUAGAGGUUUGCUCAUCAUUCAAGAUAGCGUGCGAACUGUACAGCUCAUUUGUUUAUUUAUUUGAGCAAAGAAUCGGAAUGUUGCAGCAAAGGAUUUUGAUAAGUUAUAAUAGUUGAAUAAGAUGUAACAUUUUGUUUCA